AUGCGUGGUUCAGAGGGAGUGGAUUAUCCCAACCCGUCGGAGUUGUUCGACGCAAUGUCGGCGAACGAAAGUCUGCUGGAUAGAGCGAGAGUCAGCCCGUUGGCCUAUGCAGGUUUUGUUCCUGUGAGUGUGGUUCAUCCCAGCUGCCUUCUUGACCGCCGAGGCCGUCAGAAAGUUAGUGUAUUGUGGGGAGUGCAGGUGAUCCAAGGUAUAAAGCACGACAGCGUGGAACUAGUGCGAGGCGCCCUGAGACACGAGUUUUCCAAUCCCGAGGAACGCUUGGAAGACUCCGGCCCGGCCGGCGCGGCGUUCUCUUUCGCGAACGCGGCCAUAUUCACCCAGGAGCAGAUGGACCGCGUCGUCGACGACCUCAAGCUCCGCACACGGGAAACAAACGCGAAAACGAAGCGCUUCGUGAGUGACUCGGAGUGGCUCACCAUCGACCAGACGCUAGGUGAGACCGGGACGUACGCCAGCGUGCUCAUGUCAAGGGCGACGAGUGGAGACACGGGGCUUCACAUCGCCAUCACCCUCGGGAGCUUACGGGCUGCCCAGGUCUUCGUGGAGGAGGGGUGCGACGUGACCAUCCUUAACGACGACGGAGUGUCCGCGGUAGCCAUCCUGAGGCAAGACGGGGGGGACAAAGAAACUUGUUUUCGGCAAACCAAGUGCAUCUAUCUACAGUGGAACCUGACCGCAUCCGAGAUGCACAACAUGUCGUCGAAACACCCGAAGCCGGCCAUGCCUUCCAAUACGCUCCACGCCCCACGCGCUCUCAGCGACAACUUCGACAAGGUGAUGGAGCUUGUGCUUCGCACCGCCCAGCUCGAGGAGGACUUCUCGCGCAAGGGUAUCACGGCCCGCCGGCUGACUGCAGCAGAAAAGGUCUCUCCCGCAACGUAUGCCGCAAAUGUGCAUGCCCCUAGCUUCUUAGCGAGGAGGCUUUCAGUCCAUCACACUCCGAGAGGGGCGGGGACGUCCAACGCUACAGCACUAGGUGCACAGGCGUCCCUAGCGCAGCUUGACCGGGUGGCCCACAAGGCCAACGAGUACAGGCUCUUCGGGCACGGACUGGCUUGCUACUUCGUGGACAGGCUGUCAGACUGGCCCGCCCUGCAGGCGAGAUCCGCUGAUCAUGUUGCCACCGCUCAUGUCAACCAAUGGUUGUGUACGGAUGAAGAGGCACGAGCGUGCGAGAUAGAGGGGCGGGAGAUGCUCCCCGCGGCGCAACGAGAGCUGCGCCUUUGCGAGGUCAUGUGCAGGUACCUCGAGCAAUGCGAGGCCAUCCGAGAUCGAGAACACGAAAUCCUGCCGCCGCUUACCCCGGAGGACCUCGACUCCAAGGCCGACCGUUUCACCGGCGUCCUCGACCCGAAGGGAGAAGGAGGAAGCGGUGGCAGCCGCUGCCGCCGCCGCCAGGAGGACUCCGGGGGCCACAGCAGCAGCCAGGACCGAGUCACCCUCUCGGCGGGCGCCAACGCCAUCAUGUCGGCCCGGAUGGCCCUUUCUAUCAUGGGGGCGACGCGGUCCUCUGGCGGUACAGGGGGAAGCAAGGGAGACGGGGGCGGAGGCGACGUUCGAUGGGAAGAGGAGCGAGGGCAGCACCAGCAGCAGAGUGUGGCGGUAGCGGCGGCGGCGGCGGCGGGCUCGUCGAUAGCAGGCAGGCCGAAGGGGCUGACGGCCCGGAUAACAGCGGCGCAGAGGCACGCCUUCGACAAAAGAGCCACACACAGCGGCAGCAACAGCAACAACACUACUAUUGCAGCGUCGUCAGGGACGGGGGAGGAGGCCGCAGCAGGUGGUCGUGCAGCAGCGGCGCGCGGCGGGUCGAUGCCCGCGCACUUCCAAGGGCGGUCGCUCAUGAGCGCCGAGUGGAGCAGCAAGCCCGGGAAAGGCGCCGCCGGGAGGCGCAGCCACCCCCGGUACCCCACCAAGCGCAUGACGCCGGAGUCUUGGACCGCCACCGGCAAGGACAGGGACACUCCUUCCCCUGCUGCCGGCGGCGAUCUGCCGCCCCCCUCGGCCACCGCCGCCGGGGUUGGGGAAAAGGGGACGGCGAAGAAGUAA